GGCCCAGCGGUGGAGGGACCUGCUGCCGGCCUGGUCAUGCUUGCGGGCACAGAGCGUCUGCUCUGGCUCCUGCUUCUGUCGCUGCUGCUGCCGCCCCCGAGUGCGUGGGGACACGGCGGCCAGGCAAGGCCGAGGGAGGGAACCGAGGAGGCAGGCUCGGCCGGGGCUUGGCUGGCCUUCCAGGGCCUGCGGGAACGACUGCGGGCCGCCGGCGCGCUCUCCAGACGCUACUGGGCUCUCUUCAGCUGCCGCGUGUGGCCUGAGGGCUGUGGGAAGGAUGAGGAGGCGUCGGCGCGGCCCCCGGGCUGGAGCUUUGCUCUGCUGGGCCAGCAGUACCUGGAUAUCUUGAGCACGUGGUCCUGCAGCUUCUGGGACUGCUGCGACAGAGGGGACUGCAGGAUCAUCAACAACUUCACAGGCCUCGAGGCGGACCUGCGCGUGCGCCUGCACGGCCAGCACCUGGCCCAGGAGCUGGUCCUGACGGCGGUGAGGGGCUACUUAGAGAGGCCCCGGCCGGACAAGGCCCUGGCUCUGUCGUUCCACGGCUGGUCUGGCACAGGCAAGAACUUCGUGGCGCGGAUGCUGGCAGAAAACCUGUACCAGGACGGGCUGAGGAGCGACUGUGUCAAGGUGUUCAUCUCCACGUUGCACUUCCCUCACCCCAAGAAUGUGGACCUGUACGAGGAGGAGCUGACGGACAAGAUCAGGAAGACGCAGGAGCACUGUCGCCAGACCCUGUUCAUUCUAGACGAGGCUGAGAAGCUGCACCCAGGACUGCUGGAGGCCCUCAGGCCACACCUGGAACGCCAGGCCCCCAGCAACCGCAGAGCCGAGUCCAAGAGAACCAUCUUUCUUUUUCUCAGUAACCUUGGGGGCAAUAUCAUCAACGAGGUGGUCCUGAACCUGCUUAAGGCUGGGCAGUCCCGGGAAGAAGUCAGGGUGGAACACUUGGAGUCCCGCCUCCAAGCUGAGAUUGUGGCAGCCACAGACAGUGGCUUUGGGCACAGCCGUCUCGUGAAGGAAAACCUGAUUGACCUCUUCAUCCCCUUCCUGCCACUGGAGUUCCGUCACGUGAGGCUGUGCGCACGCGACGCUUUCCUGAGCCAGGACCUCCUGUAUACAGAAGAGGCCCUCGAUGAAAUUGCUAGGAUGAUGGUGUACGUCCCCAAGGAGGAACAGCUCUUCUCAUCUCAGGGAUGCAAAUCUAUCUCCCAGAGAAUUAGCUACGUCCUGCCUGAGGGCUAGAUGAAAACUUCCCGAAGCUGCCUUCCUUCCUCUAAUGGACCCUGGGCUGUCGUGGCAGCACACUGUCCAGGACAUAAGGGGUUGGAAGGGCAGGCUAGCAACCGGCAGUCACGAGCACACAAGCGGUGUGUAGAGGGGAGGCCUUAGAUCAGAGAUAGAGCCAAUGCUUAAGAUCACGUGGUGCCUUAAAGAGCCACAUUCCGAAAUGUGAGCCAGCUGGUUGGGGGAGGUCAUGCGGGAGAGACAUCCCAAGGAUUUAUUAGCAUCUGCCUGCAGAUGCCUGGCCUUGGUGUUGGGGCUGAGGCUACAGUAUGCUCAGUGACAGAGAAGGGGAAGACUAACUUCUGCUUACCAGUGGCAGGGGCUGACCUCAUGUUUGCAGGCUGGUGGGUGAGCUUUCAAGUUGUUAUUCCCAGAGGAAGGCUGAGCAGCUUCUAUCUGUGAGCUCAGGCCAGAGCUCAGAAUAAAGGACACAGGGGAAGUUUUUUUUUUUUUUUAAUCAGUAUAGGUGAAGAUUUCUUCUGCUCUGCAGAUUUUUAAGACUUAAAUU